CUGUCAUUGAGGCUGCACCCUUCGUGAAAGGAAAGCUCUGAGCUGCACUUGACAGUUGCAGAUUCUUUUGCAGCUUUCGACCCCAUCAUCACAGCGGGCACCGCAGUCGCCGACACUGCCCAUACACACGCCUCUACUACAUUCGCUUCUGGGGGUCACUCGACGUUCGCUCUCUCACACGCCAUCGCCAUUGGGGUCCAAUAAUUCCAAGCCAAUUCGCGGACGAAGGCACAGUCACUUCGACAGGCGUAUGACCGAUUUCGGCCUCCAGAGUCUGAAGCUUUUAGCUUGGGCCUCUCGACAGCGGCCGCUGAGUUGUGGCAGCCAUGGUCGUGCCUCCUGGUUCCGCCACUGGGGGCCUCGAAUCACUGCCUGCUCGACCGCCCACACCACCACGCGAGACUCAGCAGCAGCAGCAUAGAGCACAAAAUCACUCCCGACCACUCCAUCCGCUGCUCAAUCUGCAGACGCCACCGGGGCACUCCCCUGUGUCUCCCUCCGAUUCCUCACUUCCAACAUCCCAACGUCUACGCAAAAGAGUCGGCUUCACAGGCCACGCCGACUAUCAAGAGCCUCCGGUAUAUUCCGACAAGAAGAAUGUUGAGGUUGUUAAGCAACCGACCCCAAUAUCUCUACCUUCAUCUGCAACCUCAACCAGACCUUUGAAGUCGAUUCUCAAGCCAUCCCCGGCAAGAAAUCCUUUAGACCCAGGGGCGGGUGACACUUCAGACGGGGCUCGGGCCAACUUGGCCACUAUGCUGGAGUCAACAAUAAAGCAGCUCGCAGGAGCAGAUCGAGAUUGCAAAGUCGAUGCUUAUAUGAUGCUGGUUCGAGCCUUGAAGGUCUCGAAUAACCUUCCCGAUCGCAUCGCUCUGCAAGACAAGAUGAGCCUCUUCGCGCAAUUCAUUCAGCGUGACAUAACCACCAAAAGCUCAGGCGGCGGGAUUGAUUCGUCUCUCACCAAUCAUGCCCUUACUUUGCUCGUCACAUUUCAGCAUUUCCCUGCCAUUGCCUCAACUCUCACGAAUGACUUUGGCGUGUUCAUCAUCGAUCACUGCAUUCGAUCCUUCGAGGACGCAUCAGUACCCAAAGAUGUGGUCCGUCACCUGAUGCAGGUCGUUGCUUCGCAGGAGUUUUCCCCUAAGGUCAUGACGGCGGAUCGAGUGGGCCGGCUUGUAUCGGCUCUUCACAACAUUGAAAAUCACCUCAAGGGCAAGAGUAUCAUAAUGUCUCGCAUCAUCAUCUAUCGCAAGCUCGUCAAGCAGUCGAGGCAGCACAUGCUGAUGCACUCAGACUGGCUCCUUGAUCUAUUCACCGACAUGCUGAGCACUUUGAAGGAGAUCCGGUCCUCAGCCAUCGCCUUGGGCUUCGACACUUGUCUCACCCUGGGCAAAGAGAAGCAACUAUCUAAAAGAGUGCUGGAAAUCCUCCAGGUCUCUGUCGACGACACCAAAUACAUCGAAUACUACAUUGAGCGACUGAAGGCCAUGGCGAAGGACAAAGCAGACUCGGCCGUUGUCCCUCAGAUUUGGAGCGUAGUCGUGCUUUUGCUCCGCUAUCCAGUCGACCGGUGGGAGUACUUCGUACCAUGGCUUGACAUUAUUCAGAAAUGCUUCAACUCUAGUGACUGGCAGACCAAGCACGAAGCAAAUCUCGCCUGGAACCGGCUCGUGUACACCUUACAUCAGAACGAGACUUCGUUCUUCAAGACGCUUGGCACAAUGUGCCAGCCAUUUGUUAGCCAAUUGCGGCGAAAGGUCACCGGAGCGAAGCAAGGGGAUCUCAGACAAACGGUGCUCGGAAGUAUCUGCAACCUGUACUACUACGCCUUCAAGCCCAACACGAACCCUACACAUCUCGAUACGCUUUGGAAGACUUGCAUUGUACCGAUUGUCAACCAGCUUGGGGCCAUCGAGAACGAAUUGAAAGGGCCGGAGAAGUACAUAUCUGGCACCACCACCGAUAAUGUCACGCAUGCUGCAACAUUACUGACAGGGAUAUUUGAUUCCUCGACGGCCCGUUUGUGGAAAGAGGAUCGCGUUUUUGACAAAGCGCUAGUCACGCCAGCUGAACUCCCAGCUCUAGAUCCCAAAUGGAUCCGUCGGAAUGCAGCCAAAGUUUUUCUCGUCGUAUCCCCCAUUUUGGAGGUCAGCUUCCUGAACCUUUCCGAUCCAAACUCGAACGCUUCUAAACUCUGGCGCACCAUUGUGAAUGCUGUUGUGGCAGCUUCUUCAAAAGAGGUUAAAGUGUCUACCGAUACAGCCGUGUUUAUAGGUAGCGCACUCAGCUUUCUUCUACGGAUCUGGUCCUCUGGCCUAGACGAUGCGGACAUCGCCCAAAGCCGACGCUUCCUCAACGCAGUGCAGCAGUACAUUACUGCCAUGCUCAGUUGCCUCGGUCUACUCCCUUUCACGGAGAAGCAGCUUUCAAUGAGCAAGCAAAACAUGUUUGUUCCUGCAGCAACUCCAUCUCACCGAGAUGUGAAAGGCCACGCAAGCACAAAAUCGCCCCUUUGUCAUCUUUUCUGGAUACUUUCGACGCCGCCGCCAAAUAUUCCAGACGAUGAGCACAUGCACACUAUGGUCGUGUCCGUCCUCUCUCCAUUCUUCGCCACGCGUCCUGUAUUUGCUCGUCGAGACUUGGCUCACGAACUCAUGCACUCUCUACCUCAGGAGUCGAGCUCAGUGUCAGCGACCUGGCAAUUCAUUGCGGGGAUUCUUGAGACUGCGCUCAUCAACAGUAAGGACAGUCACUCAAGCAUAUCCUCAUCCGGUGAGCCCGCCAUCGGGCAUCAAUAUCGGGGCAUUGUCAAGCACCUGGAACGUGGAUUGGUCGCCACACCAAAUCUACAACGGACAUAUUGGCAAUCUCUUUUGGCUGCAGUCACUGACUGUGCCGUCGAGGAGACGGGAUUUGCGGGCUGUGCCGUAGCUGUUAUCGAGCCACUUGCGAAAGCAGCAGUUGAUCUCAUCUCGCAUAGUACCGAGUCGCUGUCGGAUCACAUCCAUAAUGUUGGUUGCGAGCUCAUCAGCCGCUCGACGCAGCCCCAUGAUCGUCAGGCUCUUGAGACCGCUCGAAGACGACUCUGGGGCACCUUAGCUGCUGGGACACGUUCUGCCUCACUCGAUCCCUUUGACAACCUAUAUCGUUUGAUUAACAGCCUCCUGAUGUGUAGUUACAACAAAGUUGAUACUGCAGGCUUCGAGGAGCCGGCGGUCCGCAUGCUGAGCGAGAUUACAGCAUUUUUGGCACGGUCAAACACCCAGCUAGCCCUGGGUAGCCUCCUUGCGAUUCAGUCGGGCAUCUCGCGUUGGCUCCGAGAUGCGGACAGUAGGUAUGACAGCAAGCAAUCUUCGCCGGUGUAUAAUGCGGUGCAAGCGUUAUGGGACCGAGUAUGCUGCGUCUUCGGCGGGUCCGAAGGUCUCAGACAAACAGGGUUGUCCUCCGUCGAGCUUCUUCUCUGUGCUGCGUUUGGAAGCAAGCAUGCCAAUCUGGUUAAAUCUACAGCAGCACUUUGGAACCAGGCUUUCGAGCACGAGGAAGCAGUGGACUAUCCUGAGAAGCUGAAAGAUGUUCUCCUAGCUGUUCAUACAUAUGCCGACAUUGUCUUGCCAGGACUGCGGAUACCCAACCACCCAGAUAGCAUGGAGAGUUUUGUCAUCCCCGAAUCUCAGCACAGUGGUAUCGAAAUGGACACCACCACUGAUGCAAUCGCGCCAUUGCCACAGCAGAGCUCCGAUGGUAUGCCACAGUCAGGAAAAGCACUGUCGCCGCGGACGUCAUCGCCUGUUGGCUCAGUUAAACUAUCGUUUCCUGCAGCGCGAAGCGCUGCGAUCACACCGAGACGCACGCUGCGGAAAAGAGAAAGGAAGCGUGUCAGCAAUGCACGACUUCGCCACGACGACUCUCAGAUCCACUUCGCAGCGAUUGAUUCGUCCUCGCCCUCGGGCGACGUUGAACCACAGCAUCUGACCGAGCGACAGAUCGAAAUUCGGGAGCGACAACGAGAUGCGUCUGUCCUGUUUCCUGAGCUGCGCUCGAGUGCUGGCCAAAACGCGGAUUCGCUGGAGCUGGAGCCACAAUUACCACAGCAAAUAGUAGAUCAUGCGGCGCGAGAGCACGCGGCGACACCCGAACGAAACCAAGCCUUUGAAGAUUUCGUGUCAUCAACGCCUACUCCUCGUCGGGGACAAGCUGCACUCAUCAUCGAGGAUCAUUAUGGGCUAGACGAAGUACCGUCCUCGCCACCUGAACCCCGGCGGAACUUGCUGCCUGAAAUGCGCACACGAUCCCGCAGUAGCAGUAGCAUCAUGGACGAUUUCCAAUUCUCAUCGUCACCAGUGCCGGGUUCACCAACACUUGAACAAAUGAACUCCGCCAAGGGCAAAAUAACUGUUCAGGACGACCCGGCAUUCGCAACCGACCAAUUCUCUACUCGCAACGAUGUGCCUCUCCCUGCGUCCGGGCUGGCAACGGUACAAGAUGGGCAAUCAUCUGCGCGGGUCAUGAGUCGACCAUCAACUCCGCCCAACAGACGACGCACGCGAUCGCGCAAGGAUUCACCCAAAUCUGACAACGAAAACGAAGAAUUUGUUGAUGCUCUCACCAGCCCCCAGCACAAGUCCCCACGGAUAAUCCAGAAAAACGAGGCACACCUUGCAAUGUCCAGCGAGACGAAUUCGACCAAUGGUGGACUUGUAUCUCGGUCUUUUGAUUUGAGUGAGGGCGAGGAGCGCAGCAUGGCACGCUUGAUUGUCGAGCUUGAUUCACGGAAGUGUGACCCAGUCCCACGACCUGACAGUCUGUCGCCGGUCCAAGCGGCUAAGAGAACUACUGGUCCAGUGAUGGAGUGCAUCACGGUCAAAGGAGAGUCUGACGCCGAAAUGAGCACUCCUCGCCGGAGUCCACGCCAUGCUCAGAUCACUGCACCGGUCAUUCCUUCAACUCCUAUGGAGAUCGAAAGUCCACAAAGCUCCCUCAGACGAUCUAGGAGAAAGAGGAAGCGGACGACGGAAGUUGCAGACUCGACACAAAAGAAACGGAAGCAUAAACUCGCCGGACAAGACGCAGAAGUAGAUGCGGGUUUGGGGAGUCAGGCCUGUAGCGACGAGUCCUCGCUAGCAGCACUUGAUACUUCAUUCUCUUCGGCCGCUGAGGACGGGAGUAUGGAACGGGAGCCUAGUCAAGAGCUUGGGGCACCCGCAACUUCAUCACCACUCGCGGUUCAGCAGGAUAAUGCCGACAUCGAAGCUGAGUAUAGCGACGCAAACAGCUCAGAUAUCAGCGAAAGCGAAGCUGUCAACUCUCAGCUGCUUGCCGAGGCCUCUCAAGAUAGCUAUGGCAGUCACUCGCAGCAGAGGCACGGUGCUGAUUCAGUUGUCCUGGUCAAGCACGAACCCGGAGCAGUUGGAAAUCUAGGCGAGAUUGUGGACGAGCAUCCAGUCAACGUGGUCAGGGAGGACACUACAGAAACCCCAUGGGUUGCCGGGAUUUCGGCCGAAGCAAACCCAGCUGCUAGCAUCAUAGCAUCGCUGCGGGCUGGCCUUUCCGCUCUACAGACAGCCCAGUUGAGUCGCAAGGAAGUGUACGAGAUUGAGGAUAUGUUUAUGGACAUCAAGAAGGCACUCUAUGCAGCGGAUGAGCGCAGUAGAAGCAGCCGGUGAAGAAGGCUUGGGCACAGAGUACAGGUGCGUGGGAGCAGACAACGUUGGCCUGUGUACAUGUUUUGUUUCAUUGUUUGAAAGCACCUUCAUUACUGGCGCGGCGUUUUGGGCGUAGGGCACUAGUAGGCGUAGAGGCCGGCGAAAAAGAGAUACAAGAAUACCAAAGACGGAUUGAAGGCUCUUUAACAAGGCAAUGAUCAGCUAAAGCUGGCGGAGGUACUGCGUGCCCCGCAUCAAGGCACUGGCCAGG